AGCUGGUUAUGUAGAAUGCUAUGUGGACGACAAUGAUGACCGUGCCUUUCGACACGAUAAAAUAGAGAACGACAAUAUGUCAUGGGAGUGGUGCAUGGACAGAUGUCUAGAUGUGAUUGGUGGCAGUUGGGAAUACAUUGGCCUAGAGGAUGGUGACGAAUGCUUUUGUGGCUAUUUCGGGAUUGACUACUGGCGGCAUGGCAGUGGAUCAGGUUGCAACGAUAAAUGUGCUGGUGAUAGCAGUCAAAACUGUGGCGGAGGGCAUCGGAUUGCCGUCUAUCGAAUAUCAGAUGCAGUGUGCAGCCAGCCUUCACCAAGUCAUGGAUCAUACAGCGUAGAAUCCAGACCUUCUUACGCUCACUAUUUGAAUUUCUAUGAGUACCAUGGAACUCGUUUGCGUUUCACCUGCAACAGAGGAUACUAUUUUCCAUCAAACCCUCCAACAACCACAUGUAGUUCUGGAAGUUGGAGCCCUGCCUCUGACUGCCAAGCAUGUACACCAAUAUCACACUGUGUUUUUGGCCAGUUACAUUGCACCACUGCCACUGACCAACAAUGUGACCAGUGUGAUGGAGACUAUGGGCCCAAUGGAGCAGCCUACUUGAGAGUCAAUAAUGGAAGAGAAUGCAGAAAGCAGUGUUCAUGGAGGACUGACAGCAAUGCGUGCUACCCAGGCAGCUGCACAUAUGCCCAGUGCACAUGCAGCAGUGGAUUCUCAGGAACGGACUGCAGAACAAUUGGCAGUAGUCAAGCACCAGUCCUAUCUGAGCAUCUUGCCACCCUGAGCAUUGGGGAGUCAACUCUAGAAUCCCCCGCAGUCAAUGGUAGUAUGGACACCGUCUACACCAAUGUACACAAUUUCACAAACUUGAGGAUCAAUUGGAUAAGCUCCUACCGACCGACUGGACUUCCAGACCCUUCUGCUGGUGGACAUCCUUAUAUCCAAAGUGCUAGCUUGGGUGUCAUAGGGGCAAGAGUGAAUGCUGUUGUCAAUCGCGGGACAUCAAUGGUAUAUCAGAUAGCCUUAUCACAACCCUGCACCACAACAAAUGGACUGCAUUUCAGUCAAGACAACCCUGCUAAAGCCCUAGUUGACUGUGAAUUCACAAUCAACUUGGAUUACAGUCGAUGGACUCCUGCAACUAGAGAUGUACUGAGAUAUGAUGUAUCUACAACCAAUGGCGGGUACCUGAAACUCUACAACAGAGACAACGCCAACGCCACCAUCACACGCUACUAUAAUGGACAGACGGUAUCUGGGGAUUCCACUUUCACCUUUGACUUUGUUGACCCCUACCACUGUGUGGAUGUUAGCAGUGGAUGUCGAAUCACCAUGCUGAAUGCAGGGAACGACGUCACCUCGCUGGCUACUGUGACAGUCACUUGGCAAGGCUGGGCAGAUGAUCUCGCUGACAUCAAAGAAUAUGAUCUGCUGGUGCGACAGCUGUCAGGUAGCCAUGGCAAUGAGAUGACAGAAAUCUUUGACAGUCCGGCUGUUUAUGAAGGAGUAGCUAGCUCUGGGCAGACUGUCACCCUGCCCCAUGUUGGUGUUUACUCCGUCAUCCUUACCGCUGUUGACAACGCUGGCAAUGUGAAACUCAGCAGGCGUUUUGUGUUCUUUGAUGAUGAUCCUGAUGAUGUCACUAUGCAGAGCAACGCAUCGGUGCGAUUACUUUCAGCGACUGAAGAAACCGACUUUGAGUGGUUGAUUGAUCUAGACUCCAGCGGAGGGAUGACAUCAGUACUUCUUGAUUGGAUGAACAGAUUCAUUAAUAUUCAUCACCUGAAUCAAGGAUUGCUGAAACCCAUAGGGGAUUACGUCAGCGCUACUAUUGACAGUGAUUACGACCAGUACUUUGGGCUGCGUGGCCGUGCAGCCAUCCCACAUGCCCUUGGUGUGACUGAAUUCCGCAUCUUGUAUGACAUCGAUCACAGCGGUGGAAGGACCACUGUCAACGUCAGCGACGACAACUCAGACCACUGGAGUAAUGAAGCUGCAGACACACAGGCGACCUACGACCUGACCCUGGUGGACGGUGAUUCCAUUCGGUUCUGGGUGGAGGCUAGGGACCUAACUGGGCACUUUGUGAGGGACAGUGUGUUGGUUCAUGCUGAUUCCUCCCCGCCUAUAAUUGAAGACUUCUGGCUGGUACGGGACGGGGAGGUGAAUCUUGCCGUUCAUAAUGCAGCCGAGUUGCAUAAAAUGAGUGUUGAGUUCAGGACAUACGACAUUCACAGCGGUAUCAGAACCAUUGAAUGGUAUCUCUUCGACAACUUCACUGGCAUAGAAAUAGAAAACGGGAACCAGACUCUACCAGAUAAUGACACUGGGCCACCGAUAGUACAUGGCCAUGGAAAAAUAGCUGCAAGAAAAUUGAACACGGAGGAUUGUGAUCCAGUCAGCUGUUUGUGUGUUCCAAUCGGCGACUGUUACGCUGUUGACUACGGUUUUAAGCCAACAUUCCACAUUGGUACCCAUGACUACGAUUACUUCAUCACUCUGACGGUUACCAACCAUGCAAGACUGGUAACCACCCAGACAAUCCAGAUAACAGUAGAUACGUCCGGCCCUCAAGCCGGUGUGGUGCAUGAUGGGAUACGCGGGUCUAAUGAGGUAGACUUUCAGGAGGGCAACGACCUCUCAGCUCAUUGGGAGGGGUUCUUUGACAAGGAGAGUGGGGUCAAAUUCUACCAGUAUCUCUUUGAUGAUUCCUGCUGGACCGGCAAUACAUCAAUCGGCAGCGUCAGAGAUUCGAUGAACAAAACAACCUCCACGCAUGCGAGUUGGACAGCCCCCUUGCCUGGCCAGUACUGCGUCACCGUCAUCGCUUACAACCGAGCUCUGGAACCCUCAGAGGCUGUCUGUUCCGACGGUGUCAUGAUCGAUACCAGCCCUCCAGAGUUGACCCAGAUUGCUAUCAGCUAUGCUCGGAUGUGGCCUGGUCUGGCUACGGAUGCCGAGGGUCGGGUGUGGUUCAUCAACGAGCAUCGCAGGAAGAUAGAACUGAUGAAUGCAUCCAGUGACUGCAGUGCUAAGGCUGCUCUGGUAGAUGAUAUAUCUGUUUAUCCUGAGAUGUCUGGCACCAACGACACCUCAGCAAUUCUCCAAGGAGACCUAGACUGCCUCUGGAUCUCAGCCGUCCAGCAGAAGUUCUACCUUCCAACCGACAAACACGUGAUAAUUUCUUGGAAUGGAGAGGAUGCAGAAAGCUCAAUCUAUGACUUCGAGAUCGGUCUCAGCAGUGAUCCCUCCAAUCCGACUCCUGACCUUGUGACCUACAUGUCAACAUCAGGUCAUGAUCACUUUGUGAUGUACCAUCCUCAUAUCAGCCAUGGAGCUGUGUUCCAUCUGGUUCUGAAGGCCAUCAACAAGGCUCAGUUAUCUACUUCCAAGGUGAUUGGGCCAAUUAUCGUGGAUACCACCCCGCCCAUGUUUGUUGGGCGUGUCUCUGUCCAUGUGGAGGAUGAGUACUUGAUUGCUGAAUGGGGAGAUAGUGGCUUCAUUGAUGAUGAGGAUACCAGCCUGAGAUACCAAGUUGCCAUCGGGAGCACCCCAGGCAGCACGGAAACUCUCGAUUUCCAGUCAGAAAAAGACUACAAAAUGGGACCAUGUACAUCUCUGACAUCCUGUGCUGUAUUCUCAUUGGCUGACCUAGACUGGCAUCUCCAUGGUGAUCAUGAAUAUUACGUGUCAAUCAGAGCACAGAAUGGCGCUGGGUUAGCUACGGUGGGGACGUCAUCGGUUUAUAGACACAUCGUGCAGUUACCAUCUCUGGGUGUUGUAUUGGAUGUUGCACCCCCUGGGGAAGGUGCAGUUGUCAGCUUAGGGGUGGCCAAGGAUAUUGACGUACAGAUGAACACCACAAGCAUCUCAGCUCGUUGGUUUGGUUUUGAGCAUCCUCAUCUUGAUAUCAACUAUGAGAUUGCUGUCGGAUCAGAAGGAGGUGCUACUGAUGUCAGCGAUGGUUUCAUCAAUGUCGGCAAUGCAACCUUCUAUCGACUGCAUGGACUGGAUCUCACACCACUCAUGACCUAUUAUGUGACCAUCCGUGCCAACUCUGAAGCCGGUUGCGUCAAUGUCACUUCGGACGGUGUCAAAGUCAUUCAGGAGGGUCAGGCACUGGAGGGAGCUGUGGCCAAAGACGGACUGGGCUGUGAUCAAGAUGAAAUGUCUGAUGUACCAUCAGGAUUAUCUCAUCACUCAUCUGUUACUGAUCAAUCCUGUCAGGAUGACAUCACCUACCAGGCCUCCACCUCUGACAUCUCAGCUCGUUGGACCAUCCCUGAGAUGCUGCAGCCCUUUGUGACUAACAUCAACUGGGCAGUUGAGCAGGAGGUUGAGAUUUAUUUUGAUGAUGAGAAAACUACAACUGAGUGGAUCACGGUGCUUGAUGAUCAAGAUCUUGGCAUGGCAUUCCAACAUGUUCAGGCUGGUUCAGGAUUGCACAGUGGAGGUCAUUACAGAUCAAAGGUUACAUUUUGUCAUGUUAGUGUCUGCUUCCAACCCAUCGUCAGUGAUGGAUUCUGGGUAUUAUCGCAACCUCCCGAGGUCGGUCAGAUCACAGUCGGCAACAUUGAGACCACGCAAGGCAGGACAGAGAUCAGCGUGGUCUUCCAGCCUUUUGCGCAUGAUUACGUACGUCAUGAAAACCCACAUGAACUGAUGGAUUUCUAUGAGUGGAGCAUUGCUGAGGAUGGUAGCGAUGGAGCACUGCUGAGUCCCUGGAUGAGAAUCCAGGAUUUGGUUUUGACUGGAGAUGUGGUGCGUUUCACAGCAUCCUACAGUGGUUCCUUGGACCUGGAUGUCUGUCUUCAGUUAUCAGUGAGGGGCUACAAUAAGGCUGGUCUGUCUUCCAUCGCUAGUACCAAGAUUGUUGACUGCGAUGAUGUGAAGCUGAUCGUCCCCCAUACUGUCAUUGAUGCUGAUCAUGAAGUCUUCAUGGAGCAGAAUGCCAAGUGGCCGGAACCAGACAAGAACUACAUCUCCUCUACGUCUUCCUUAUCAGCAGUCUGGCCCACACUACGCCACAGGGCCUACACCUGGGCGGCCAUUUUGGACACCGGAUCCACUGCAUUUGGAAACUUGGACAAUGGUCUGCGGUAUCCCUGUAAUCACCCAUCAAUGAAGGCCUGUGGAGAGACAAGUAAAGAGUUUGUCAACAUUCCUGAUCUGGUCCUGCAUUAUGGCAUGCGUUAUCACAUUUGCAUCCAUGCUGAUGAAGUGACAUUGGAGCAUGAGUUUUGGAAUGAACAGCUUCCUGCUGUGUCCAGCUGUAGUGAUGGCGUUGUCAUAGAUACGACCCCACCGACCCCUGGCUCUGUCUGGAUUGGAGUGGAUCAAACUUACCAAAGUUCUGUGUCUGAGUUAGUUCUUCACUGGGAGUCCUUCACUGACAUUGAGGAACAUGGCAUGGCACGUCAUCACUCUGGGAUCAAGUACUAUGAAUAUGCCAUCGGUUCAGAGCGAGGUGGUAGCGACGUGAUAGAUUUCUCGCGAGUUGGAAUCACCAACAGCAUUAUUGUACACAACAUGAGAUUACAGAAUGGUCAUAGUUACUAUGCUACCAUUCGAGCGACUGACUUUGUUGGUCUGUCAUCACAAGCAAUGUCAGACCCAAUCACAAUUGAUACGUCGCCGCCUGUCAUCAGUGCUGAUCAUACGUUGGACAUUGGAGGCAGCUUCAUUCAAUCAAAAACUUCCAUCUCAGCAAGUUGGGAGAAUGUGUUUUCUGACCAGGAGAGUGGUGUUGCAUAUUAUGAGUGGGCCUUGGGUUCACAUCCAGGCCAUGCAGACAUCAUGCCAUUUACUAGAGAGAGUACAGAGAUCGGGGUCAGUGACCCCUCUCGACCUUUGCUCCUUCAAGAAGGUCACUCCUAUUUCGUUUCAGUCAAGGCCAUCAAUACUGUAGGUCUGAUCACACUGAAGAGCUACGGAGCAUUCACAGUUGACGCAAGCCCGCCAUUGGCUGGCCACGUUUUUGACGGAAACCCAGCAAACACCUCGGCUAAUCACAGAGACCAAGACUUCCAGGAGGAUCGUAUGGUGAUCAGGGCAUUCUGGGAAGGGUUUCAUGACCCACACAGCGCCAUCGUUGGAUAUUCCUGGAGAGCUGGGAUAUGUUCAGGGUGUAGCAAUGUCAUACCUGAGCAACAUGUGGGCUUGGACACUUAUGUAACUGCGGAGAACUUGAACCUAGUGCCUGGUCUGACCUACUAUGUGACGGUGACGGCUUGUAAUGCCGCUGACCUUUGUACCUCAGUGACCUCUGAUGGGGUCACGGUGGACGACUCUUCCCCGGUAGCGGGGCGUGUGUAUGAUGGCGGUCCUGGGGGUGGGGAUAUCAGCUACCAAUCCUCAAGGGUCCAGCUCCGAGCUCAUUGGUGGGGUUUCCAUGACCCUCACUCGGGCCUCUCCCACUACGAAUGGCGCGCUGGCACGGCACCAGGAGCUGAGGACAUUCUUACCUCUACACGCAUCGAUCUGUCAGAAGAUGCUCUGAUAUUCCUGUCAGAUUCGGAUCAGAUGCCAAACAACACCGAUAUCUACAUCACGGUGCGCGCCUAUAACCGGCUUGGUAUGUGGAGUCAGGCUACGUCUAAUGGGUUCCGUGUGGACUCUAGUCCACCUGAUGUGCUGAAUGCACCUGCUGUUGAUGAGACACGGGGCAUGGCUGUCAACAAUACUCAGGUUUUGCAGGAUGUGAUGCACUUUUCCUGGAAGUUCAGUGACGCUGAGAGCGGCAUUAAGGACCAGUUUGUAUCCGCCAACACACAUCAUAAUGGAGAUGUCAAUAUACCUCCAACAAAGAUUGCGGGGAGUGAGUUGGACCACACCUUCACCAAUCUGACAUUACAUGAAGGCAGUCGUUACAUCAUUACCGUAGUGGCUUGUAACUUUGCUGGUGUCUGCACACAGGCCAGGACAGAACCUUUAUUGGUUGACGGUAGUCCACCGUCCGUCGGGACGUUUGCCGUGGGUACAGAGAGUGCUGCUAACUUGGAUCGUCAUCAUAUCAUCUGGAUUGAUCCAACUGAACCAGUGAUACCAACUAUCACAGAUCUACUGAACACAAUUAAUGGCACUAAUUUCACCGAUUCGACCAACUUCACUGCUGAGUUUGUUGCCACAACCGACUCAACCAACUCAACCAACUCUACUGCUGAUUUCAACAACACCACUGAUUUUGACAACACCACUGAUUUUGACAACACCACUGAUUUUGACAACACCACUGAUUCAUCAACCAACUCCACCACCGAUGUUGCCAACACCACUGACUCCAUCAACACCACGACCCAGAGUCCACCAACCACCCCAUCUCCCCCACCCUACCACUCUGGUUGGAUGACUUGGGUAGAAGACCCCCGUACAUCCCUUGGUUCCUUAGCCCUUGCCUGGCUGGGAUUUGCUGAUGUACACUCUGGUAUCAGCCACUACUUGGUCUCCAUCGGACGCACCUAUGGCGGUUCGGAACUCACUCCGAGUGGACCAGUCCGUGUUGACCACAGCUAUGACGGCAUGUCAUUAGAUGAGGGCAUCGCGCAGACAGCCAUCAUACCACUAGAGGGCAGUAUAACUGACUUAACUCCUCCAUAUCUCUACAUCUCCAUCUGGGCUGUCAAUGGGGCUGGUCUACCAAGCACUCGCCAUCAUUCUACUUUUGAGGCUUCCCCUACUUCACCAAGUGAGGGCGCUCUUGUCCUGUUACGUCGCUGCUUGCCUGUGACAUGUGAGGGCCACUGUGCAUGUGCACCCAUUCAUCAAACGUGUCUUAUGGUUCCACAAUGCACUGACCUAACUUACAAUAAUUCCAACACUGAGAUCGAAGUUCUGGAUGUACUGGAUCUGAUGCACAAUGAUAUCGAUAACGUGAUCGAUAUUGAUGACACAGCCACUCAGUAUAUGGCAGGUGCAGUCUGGCGAGUCACUGAGCAGAAAGGACUGGACAUCAAGUGGUAUGAGUGGAGUAUUGGUGAUGAUACGUCUUCAGACUUCGAGCCAACGGGAGUCUUUGAUCCUGCCUUAGACAGAGUGUGGUUUGAUGUUGGACAGGACAAUCAUACUAUCAUCCUGUUUGACGAAGAUAGAAAGCUUAAAAGAGAGGUAACAUAUCACGUGUUCAUCCGGGCCUGGUAUGACGCAACUACAUACGCAGUGUUCAGAUCAGACGGCAUUACACCUGAUAUCACACCGCCCAAAAUAUCAACAAUCAGAGGCACAAAGGUUAAAGAUCUUACAAGACCAGAUGCCAGCAAAGACACUGAUUACUUAACAGAUCCUGAUGUUGUCUUCAUCUGCUGGGAGGGAGUGUUUCUAGACAAAGCAACAUCUCACUACCAGGUUUCUCUAAGUACCUAUCCAGGAGGUGAAGAUAUUCGUCAAUUUGCUGACCACGUCUUCCCAGCCAGUGUGUCGUCCACACAGUUCACCAGCCUAAACCUACAGAGUGGACUGCGAUACUACAGCAAUGUACGAGCAUUCAACAAAGCUGGUCUGCACACGCUCAGAAGCAGUGACGGUUUUGUGGUGGAUACCAGGAGGCCAGAUCCAGGCCUGGUCUUUGAUGGCAUAGAACUUCACGAUGUAGAGUAUCAGAACUCCAGCACAGUCAUCUCAGCCUCCUGGCAUGGCUUUGUGGAUCUGGAAUCCUACAUAGACCAUUAUGAGUGGUGCGUUGGACAGACCCCUAGCCCUACAGAUGAUGGCAUUCUGCCCUGUACAAGUGUUGGAAUCCACCUGUCUGCCUCCAAGACUGUAGCUGUGCCUCUCACAGAUGGCAUCCGGUAUUACUCCAAGAUCUCAGCUAUCGACGCUGCCGGCCUGCAGUCUGAAUCAGUCUCUUCAGAUGGGUUUGUGGUGGACACUACACCCCCUGAACCACUAGAACAUACCCUUCUCGGGGAGAACUUGAUCCAGAAUCCAUCAUUUGAAGAUAUAAAUGCUGAAUUGUCAACAGACGAAACCACAACAACCCAAGGCGAAUUGAAAACUGAAUCAGAAAGUGAAGGAACAGAAUCAACAUUAACAGAAUCUACAACAGUUUCCACCUAUGAGGAUGUGUCAGAUAGCUAUCCCACCGCUGCCACUAAUUUUGUGACUAACAUGCCACCCACCACAGAUGGUAUGGAUACUGUUGAGGAUACACAGCUGCCUGAAUGGGAUGUUGGAUCUGUUAGCCAGGUUUCUGUCAUCACAUCUGACAAGAAGAUUGCUCAAGAUGGCCGUUCUUACUUGUCUCUUCAUGGCUCCAUCUCCCAAACCUUUGACACGUCACCGGGCAGCCACUACCAGGUGGUGGUCUUCGCGAGUCAUGCCGUGUUGUCCCACAAUCCUUUGCUGAAUCAAGAAGGUCGCAUUGAGGCUCCAGGAUUGAAUCGCGUCUUCAGGUUGUAUGACCGGCCGACACACGGUCACUCAGACCAGAGUCUGAGGUCCAUCCAAUGGCAUCAGCACAGGUUUUACUUCACAGCCAGCGACGAUGUAUCAACAUUAACAAUCUCCUCAGUCGGAGAAUGGAAUGGAAUCCUGUUGGAUAAUAUUCAGGUGAGGCAGUUAACCACUGGAUCAAGUACCGGUGAUGGGUCCGUGGAAGUCCAUACUCAGUUCAUUCACAGCUGGUCGUCAAUCCAGGCCAAGUGGCAUUUCAUUGACCCUGAGAGUCCCAUAGUGGACUACAGCUGGGCUAUAGGAACUACGAGAGGUGGCACCCAGCUUCAAAGCUUCACGUCAGUGGGUUUACAGACAGAUGCUAUCAACACUGACCUCAACAUGGCACAUGGCUCCUAUGUUCAUGUCACUGUGAUGGCAAGAAAUGCAGCUGACCUCAUUGCCAUAGCAACCUCUGACCCCAUACUGAUUGACCUAACGCCACCACUAAUUCAUUUUGUGAUUGACGGUGGCGAGGCUCAUGAUGUUGACUUCAGUGCGGAUGAUUCUUCUCUGAUCUUCAGUUGGUCAGCGUCUGAUCCUGAGAGUGGAAUUGAUCACUGUGAAUGGGCAGUUGGAUCAGAGCCUGGAUUUGAUGACAUCCUACCAAGCUCAUCGUCUCCUGACGGCACUUCCACUGUCAACACCAGCCUGUCCCAGGCUAUGGUUGAAGGUCAGCGACUGUACGUCACUGUCACAUGCUACAAUCACGCUGAGAAGUCGUCAUGGAAAUCAUCAGAUGGCGUUACCAUAGAAACCGUGCCUCCUAGUUCCUCAUCUGCUGUAGUCAACGUGAAGACACUGUCAGAGACUCGGCAUGAAACACGCAACUCGUACCAGUCACAGAGAGACUCCCUCAAAGGAUCAUGGGAUGGAUUCAUGGAUCCAUUCGGAAUUCAGUCUUACGAGUGCCACCUUAGUGGACCCGAUGCCUUCACCUCCUGGACACCUUGUGGAUCCACAUCAGAGACUCACCUGGAUUGGUCAGGUCUUAGCCUGGUGGAUGAUGCAACCUAUAGCCUGUCAGUCAGAGCCGUCAAUCAUGCUGGUUUGACCAGCCAGGCUAUCACAAGCAACUUCACCGUGGAGUCUGCAGAGCCUAUUUUAGGAGCCUCAAACCUGAUCAGAUAUUUUUGGCGUGGUGAAGGGACGGUUGAUCUUGCCUGGGAUGGCUUGUUCUCCUCCCCUUCCUCCUCCUUGGUCUAUGAGGUAUCUCUGGGUACCAUCCCAGGAGGUAGUGAUACCAUGCAGUGGGUGGAGACCAUGGAGACUGAUAUGCGUGUCUCACCGCUGGCUCCCUACACCGACUACCACUUGACGUUGACAGCCAUCAAUGCGGCCGGCUUGUCACAGACAGUCAAUAAGAUCAUUAGUGUGUAAAAGAUUUACAAAGUCAAGAUGGAAAUGCUGCUUAAUUUGUUUGUUUCAUUACUGCUUUGAGACAAAAUAUGAUUUUUGUUCCUUUCUUAAUGGCAUUUACUCAUCAAUUUAUAUACAUGUUCACAGAUUAGUUUGCAUGGUUAGGAAGCAUUUUUUUCAUUUUGUCAUUACAUUGUGUAAAUUGUAUUAAUUGUAAAUUGUUCUCUGAGGCUAACGUUUUAAAGUUCAUUUAUAAAUUCAAUACUUUCUCACCAUUGGUCUGAAAAAAUAAGCAUACACAUGUAUGUAUACAUCGUAACAUACCCUUAGAAUUGCAGAAUGUUAAGCCGAUUGCAAAUUACACGAAUCUCAUUCCUUUUACUAUUUUGUAUAAAUGUCCUCUAUUUUUUCUCAGUUUUGUAUCACAAACUAUUAUGUCAACCUUGACCAUCUUAGAUGAUGUUACUUCUAACUGUGCGAAGAGUUGUUAAAUGUUUAACUUUAGGGCAGCUGACAGAAAUUGUGUCUCUUGAAAUGUUCAUGCAUUCACGUAGUUUGAAGAACGGCUUGAUUUAUACAAUAUUUGUUCUUUUACAUGCUGUGUAAUGCUCAUUAAGUUGUUCCAAUUAUUACCUUUUUAUCAAUGUCUGUUUUAUAACAUAUUGCUGUACAAUGAGAAACAGUUGAGAAUUAUAGGAACUUUUUCAUAUUUUAUUUUAAUCGUUUGUGGCUUGAAAAUCUUGUCCACAACUUUGCUGUGUUCUGAAUGAGUACUUUGGCUGAGAAUCAUUCAGAAGCAAUAAUCAUGACAUCACUUUUGGUCGGUAACCAUUUUUCUUUCUUCAGAAAAUUCUUAAUGUUGUACUCCAUUUGAAAGACAUUCGUUCACUGAUUCUUAUUGUACUUUGUGUACAGGCUCAUCAUGUUUGAAAUGUAUGAGUGGACUUUACAUGUUGAUCAACUGUCAUCCACAAAUGCACAUUUAUAUUGUAAGCCUUCUACUCUGCACUUUGGAUUUCCUGGGUAAAAUGAUACACCAUCCUACACCAGGAUAUCCAGUGAAGUGUGGACAUGAAGAUACCGAUAUUGUAAAUGGAAGUUACCAGUUUGUAAAGUAUAAUGACCUAAAAUUUGUCUGAUUGACUGUGAGUUUCUGUACUUAAUUCUAAUUAAUAUAAUCCAGCCCUCCAGGAAUUCUCGUCAGCUUUGUAGACAAUGGACAAUUCCUCCAUGUUUUUCAUGAAACAUUGAUGGCAAUCUGAAAUAAUAUUUAAAUAUGUUUUUAUAAUGUUUACUUUACUGCACAAACUGGUGGGGGGGGUUUGGGUCUAAAUAUCCAUGUUGUAUCAAAAGUAACAAUUACUAUGACGAUGAAAUGAACUUUUUAGCUCCUAAAAAAGGAAAUAUUUUCUAUCCUUUUAUAUAACCACAUAGUUUUAAUUUUGAUAUCAAAAUGUAGGCCUUUAUAACAAUAAUCGUUAUCGUAAAGAAUAAUUCCAUUUUUAUUUCCAUCAUUUAUUAUAUCAUAUAGUUAAAUUUUCCUAUAUGCAGCUGCAUGGAAAUUCUUAGUUACAUGUUGUUAGCCUGGAUUCUUCUGGGUUUUUUAAUGAUAGCACAGCAAGUGAACAAGGUAAAGAAUAUGCCAACAAAAUUUUUGUAGAUUUUGGGAAUGUUGCACGUCCACCAGGAAACAGAUAGUAUGGGCUUUAUUAAUGCCCCUUUGAUUUAGGUUUUCAAAACAGAGUGUUCAAGGUCAUCAUUAAUAAGUUUCCAAAAUCACAGACCAACAAAACAAGUUAAGAAUGAAUUACAGCCGUGAAAAAAAAAGAUGAUUUUUCAGAUAUUUGAAAGUUUGGUAUCUCCUCGUAUUUAUACCCAGAUUUUGUUGGAAAUGAUUGAAGCGGCGAAUGAUUUUGUACUUAAAUAAUAAACUUUGUCUUUGCAAGCAUA